AUGGCACAAACAAAGUCACAUCCAUCGUACUUGCUAGUCGAAAACGUUGUUGGGUUCGAGGUUAUCGUCGUAAAAUCGUCUUCUAUACACCUCCCAAUACCGACAUAUUUCCUUAAACGUCUUCUACACACUCUGUCCUCCUGGAAUUGGCUAUCACACCGCCGAAUCCUUCUCACCCCUUUCGAUGUUCCCAAUUUACGAUUGCGCUACUACCUUCUUGCGCGACAAUCUCGUGCUCAGGGGAAGUACAGUCAUCUAUACCGGAGAUUGGCUGUUAUAUGGACAAACCUGGGUUGUGGGGGAGGUCAUUUGAUAUCGUUCAUCAUCUCGGCGAACGUGUUGUUUUACUCAAGGUUACACUCAACUCGUCGAGCGCUCUGGAUCCAUCAUCCAAAUGAACGAAAGCCUGAAUACCACUACUACGUUUGA